AUUGUGACCGUGACAGGGCAUUACAGUCAUGGCACCAAAGAAGAAAAAUAUUAAAAAAAAUAAAGCAGAAAACAAGGACACGACUGUCAUUGUGGAGGAAAGCACAAUCAUCCAUUUAAAUGGCGUGAAUGGCCUUGUAGAUGGAGGCAAUGGUUUCAGUUGCAUUUCGACGGAGAUCUCCAACUCAUUCCACAGCUCUAGUCUCUUAGAAGCAAUGAACAAAAUGAGGCAAGAAAAUUUUCUGUGUGAUCUAACCAUUUCCACAAAAACCAAGUCAUUUGAAGUUCACAAAGUGGUGAUGGCUUCUUGCAGUGAGUACUUCAAGAAUAUCCUAAAGAAAGAUCCAUCCACCCAAAGAAUAGACCUCAAUGAAAUAUCUCCAGUGGGUCUUGUCACGGUUAUCACUUAUGCAUAUUGUGGAAAGAUAACAUUAUCAUUGUAUACAAUUGCUAGCACAAUCGCAACAGCCAACUUGCUCCAGAUUGAUUCUCUUGUAAAGAUGUGCUGUGACUUCUUGAUGCAGGAAAUCAAUGUGGAGAAUUGCAUGUACAUUGCUAAUAUUGCGGAAACAUAUGGACUUAAAAGUACCAAGGAAGCAGCACAUAAAUUCAUUACUGAAAAUUUCCUAGAAUUCUCAGAAAGGGACCAGUUCUUGAAGCUAACCUUUGAACAAAUAAUGGAAUUUAUGCUGGAUGAUGCCCUUCAGUUACCAUCAGAAAUUACAGCAUUCCAGAUUGCAAUGAAAUGGCUGGAUUUUGAUAAUAAAAGGGUCAAAUAUGCAGCCGAUUUACUGAACACCAUUCGGUUCGGUACCAUUUCAGCACAGGACCUGGUGAACUAUGUCCAAACUGUGCCUAGAAUGAUGCAAGACCUGGAAUGUCACAAAUAUCUUGUAGAAGCCAUGAACUAUCACCUCCUUCCCUAUCAACAAAACACCUUACAGUCAAGAAGGACAAAAGUCCGUAGUGGCCUCAAAGUUCUAGCGGUAGUGGGUGGCCGUCAAGAACUAACAGAAAAGUCGCUCAGCAGAGAGGUUAUAUAUCGAGAUCCUGAACGUGUUUGGAACAAACUUUCUGAAAUGCCUUAUAAGAGCUUCAAUCAAUGUGUGUCUGUGAUGGAUGGAUUCCUCUAUGUUGCUGGUGGUGAAGAUCAAAAUGAUGCCAGGAAUCAGGCCAAGCAUGCUGUGAGCAACUUCUGCAGGUACGAUCCUCGAUUCAAUACUUGGAUUCAUCUGGCAAGCAUGACCUAUAGACGUACCCACUUCAGCCUCAAUGUCUUUAAUGGUUUAAUUUUUGCAAUUGGGGGGAGGAACUCAGAUGGUCUCCUUGCCUCUGUUGAAUGCUAUGUGCCAGCAACCAACAAAUGGCAUCUUAAAGUGCCUUUGGAGGUAUCCAGGUGUUGUCACGCCAGUGCAGUAAUAGAUGGGAAAAUCCUGGUUACUGGAGGUUACAUUAAUAAUGCAUAUUCCCGUUUGGCAUCUGCCUAUGAUCUCUCAGCAGACAGCUGGCAAGAUGCAGCUAACCUGAGCACACCUAGAGGAUGGCACUGUGCCAUCUCCCUUUUAGAUCGUGUGUAUGUACUGGGUGGAAGUCAGCUAGGAGGUCGCGGGGAGAGGAUUGACGUGCUCCCUGUUGAAUGUUACAACCCACGUACUGGGCAGUGGUGCUUUGUGGCUCCCCUCCCUGUUGGUGUCAGUACUGCCGGUGUUACAAACCUUGACAGUAAGAUCUAUUUGGUGGGAGGUUGGAACGAGGCAGAAAAGAAAUAUAAGAAAUGCAUCCAGUGCUUUAACCCAGGUCUCAAUGAAUGGACGGACGAAGAAGAGCUUCCAGAAGGGAUAGUUGGCUUAUCUUGCUGUGUUUUCACCAUGCCUAGACAAAGAACACAAGAAUCCAGGACUAGCUCGGUUUCAUCAGUUCCAGUCAGUAUCUGAUUAGUAGAAGAACAUUUUAAAUCAAAACCACAAUUGCACAAAAAAUGCUCGGGCUUAAAUUAAUAAUUAGUUUUUGUUAUUGGAUACAAAAGAUUUUCUGAAUUAGAUUAAUAAGAAACCAUUAGAGGCAAAUCAUUGCCUUUACAAGAUGUACAUAUCAUAAUGGUGUGCUGAAAUUAGUUGUUUGCAGGAGGGAAGAAAAUCAGUUACAAUGGUGUGACUCAGCAUGGCUUACAGUGAUAGGUACUUGCAAUCAAAGUCAGUCAGCUCCAGCCAAGAAUACAACAUUCAUUUAACAACCUCUUCAUUUAUGUCCUGUUGAUGGGGUUAUUAAAACUUGGAGAUGUGU